AUGACAGUGGAGGAUAGCACAUCGAAGGGUGACAGAAAUGUGGAGAUGUCAUCGUCAGUAUCGAGUGUUGAAACAUGUGAAACUUUACCAUCACAAACUUUUACAUGUGCUUCACAAACGAGUAAUGAUAGCUCAAUUAUUGCUAGCCCAACAGCACUCACUCAGGAAGAUUCCCAGAAAGAGUAUGAGGAAAUCGAGAAGCAAGAGGACGAAAUCCGGAUAACCGGUGGGACCGAAAAGAAUUGGUCAAGUAGGACAAGAAGACGAGUGCACAACGAAGAACUCGAUCCACAAAACUUAGAUAGGCUCAUAACUGGCAGUAAACCAGUCCUUCAAAUUCUUUUGGAUCAAAAACGUGAGCACUAUGUAUUAGUCGAACGAACACUUGUUGAUGAUACAGUGGUCGUGUUUGAUUCUCUUGCUACUUCUAGGAAGAAAGCUAGAGAUGCGUUAAAUCGUGGAUUGGCGGAGCAGAUCUUUAAUAUGUUCAAACACUUAUCAUCGACUGAUGAGGUAAAGGUACGAUAUGAAAUUGCAAUCGAAAAACAAGAUGAUAUGUGGUCAUGUGGCUUACGCACGGUUGCAUACAUCACAUGCCGAGCGUUCGAUCGUGAUCCUCGAUGCUACAUAUUCAAUAUGGAAAAAGUCUUCAAAUAUUUCUGUAAUUUAUUGGAUCAGCAAAAUCCAAGUGUUGAACAAUUUCGACACGCAUUUGGACGAUUUGGAAAAUGGAAGCAUCAUCAUUUGAAAGCAGAAGAAGCCAUAUUUAAAAUAACGGAGCUAAGCGAUCACCAACUUCAUAUUGAAAACAGUGACGUGCAAGAAACAAAUAUGUUAAGUGAUCGCAGCUCAACAUCCAAUGAAAGUCGAAAGGAAAGAAAUGAUGAAAAGCAUACGAAUGAAUGA